GCAUGCGCCGGAGGAAGUGCUCAGGAUUCGGUUUCCUGUGGCCUCAGCUUGAGCUAAAACACAACAAACUCAUGCCGUUAUAAUGGUCGCACCGGUUUAAAAACGAUUUAUUUUUGUUUCGCGUCUCAGCGUCAUAAGGUAUAAAUGAAUUCCUGGUCUUAUACUAGCGUGUAAUCGUGAGAAAGAUGGAUAUUUCCACGCCACCAGAAGAUCAAGAGCUGCGAAAUGUCAUCGACAAACUGGCCCAGUUUGUGGCCCGAAAUGGCCCCGAGUUUGAGAAGAUGACCAUGGAGAAGCAGAAGGACAACCCCAAGUUCUCGUUUCUCUUCGGAGGGGAAUAUUUCGGCUACUACAAAUACAAACUGGCCAUCGAACAACAGCAGCAUUCUUCCAGUCAUGAUGAUGAAUAUAAUAUGGAAGUGCUCUGUAAUCCUGCGGGUAAAGAGGUGUCCGAUGUUCCUGCGUCGUUGACGAUGCUCGCGCCUCCGCCGAUCCCACCAACGACUCCGUCAGUGGAUGAGCUCGUCCAGCAGAGCCAGUGGAACCUGCAGCAACAGGAGCAACACCUGCUCAGCCUCAGACAGGAGCAGGUGACGGCCGCCAUCUCUCUGGCGAUGGAGCAACAGAUGCAGAAGCUGGUGGUGGAGACGCAGCUGGACACGAACGAGUUGGACAGCCUCCUUCAGCCCAUCAUAGACACCUGCACGAAAGACGCCAUCUCGGCUGGGAAGAACUGGAUGUUUGGGAAUGCCAAGACCCCGCAGCACUGCGAACUGAUGUCGUCGCAUCUCCGAAACCGCAUCACUGCGGACGAUGCGCACUUCGAGCUCCGCCUGCACCUCAUCUAUCUCACCAACGACGUCCUGCAUCACUGUCAGAGGAAAAAUCAUAAGGAUCUUUUGGCGGCUCUGCAGAAGGUCGUGGUUCCCAUUUACUGCACCAGUUUCCUGGCGGUGGAGGAAGACAAGCAGCAGAAAAUCACACGGCUGCUGCAGCUGUGGGAGAAGAACGGCUACUUUGAUGAUGUCACCAUUCAGCAGCUCCAGAGUCCUGCUUUGGGCCUCGGACAGUAUCAGGCGUCGCUCAUCACGGAGUACGCUCAGGUGGUGCAGCCCAUCCAGGUGGCCUUCCAGCAGCAGAUCCAGGCGCUGAAGACGCAGCACGAGGAGUUCGUGAGCAAUCUCAAGCAGCAGCAGACGGUGGCGGUGGCAGCAGCGGCGGCAGCGGUGGGUCAGCUGACCCCUGUGGACCCCGAGGUCAAGAGCCAAGCGCCCAUCAGCGCUCAGCCUGGAGAGCUGAAGCCUGCGCUGGCCGGUCCUCCACCUGCUGAUUACGAAGGCGCUCAGAGCCGACCCUCGGACUCGAACCCCUCGGCGUCACCUGACAUGCCUUCCUCUAAACCAGGCUGGUUCGAAUCGCAGCACAACAUGCCGUCCUGGAACCCGCAACAGCCUCCACCAUUCGACCCCACUCAAGUCCCGCCCCCCUGCCCGCCCUGGAACAGCCACGAGGGGAUGUGGAACGAGCAGCGGGACCCCAACUGGAGCGGCCCUCGGGACGGCGGCCCCGGAGGCCCCUGGAGUGGCCAGAACGAGCCCCCGCCCUCCUGGAGCGGCCAGUUCGAUCAGCCGCCGUGGAGCAACCAGCCGGACCAGCCGCCGUGGGGUCAGAGAGAGCCUCCCUUCCGCAUGCAGCGGCCGCCACAUUUCCGCGGGCCGUUCCCGCCACACCAGCAGCCGCCGCCGUUCAACCAGCCGCCGCCGCCCCCGCACAACUUCGGCCGCUUCCCGCCGCGCUUCAUGCAGGAGGAGUUUGCCCCCCGACAUCACUUCGAGCGGCCGCCGUAUCCGCCACACCGGUUCGACUACCCGCAGGCGGACUUCCCGGGAGAGAUCGGUCCGCCUCCCCAUCACCACCCGAACCAGAGGAUUCCCCCUCCAGGAAUGUCGGAUCCUCCUCCGUGGGGCGGAAACCAGCAUCCCGAAUUCGGCCCGCCUCCUCACGGCUUUAACGGCCAGGCGCCGCACAUGCGACGGCAGACCCCGGCUCACGUCAGUCAGGACGACCCCAGUCUGGUCCCCAACGUGCCCUACUUCGACCUGCCGGCGGGACUCAUGGCGCCGCUUGUUAAGCUUGAAGAUCACGAUUAUAAGCCUCUGGACCCCAAAGACAUCCGUCUGCCGCCCCCGAUGCCCCCUAGUGACCGUCUCCUGGCCGCAGUGGAGGCGUUUUACAGCCCGCCGUCACACGACAGGCCCAGGAACAGUGAGGGUUGGGAACAGAAUGGUCUGUACGAGUUCUUCCGGGCCAAAAUGAGAGCAAGGCGGAAAAAGGAUCAAGACAAACGCAACAGCACCCGAGGGAGUCCCUCGUCCCGCAGUCGAUCCCACAGCCGAGGGCGAUCCACCUCACGCUCCAGCUCCAGGUCUUCCAAAUCCUCUCGCUCCAGAUCCCGCUCCCGAUCCCGCUCCCGUUCUCGCUCCUACUCCAGAUCUCGCUCCGGGAGCAGGAGUCGCUCCAGAUCCAGGUCCCGAAGUCGCUCCCGAUCCAGAUCUCGCUCCAAGUCACGAUCUCCAGAAAAGCGCCGCCAGCCCGAGAAAUCCCGCAGUCCGACUCCACCCUCCACAUCUGGCUUGGGUUCAGCUCCCGCCGCCAUCCCCGUCGACCUCAGGCUGGGCGAAGAGAACAAGGGCCAUCAGAUGCUCAUGAAGAUGGGCUGGAGCGGAUCAGGAGGUCUUGGCGUUAAAGAACAGGGCAUUCAAGAUCCCAUUAAAGGAGGAGACAUUCGGGACAAGUGGGACCAGUACAAAGGAGUGGGAGUCGCGCUGGACGACCCGUACGUGAACUACAGGAGAAACAAAAGCUACAAUUUUGUCGCAAGGAUGAAAGCGAGAGAAAAAGUAAGCAGAGACCCACCGGAGCCCUCCAGCACAGAGUGAUCGCCGGCACACGGGUCUGUUUUUCUACUGUAGAUGUCAAAACUGUUUUACACAUUUGUUUGGAUGUUUUAUCUCUCCCUCACUUUAUUUUUUGUAGUAAAAUGUAUCAAACCUUCAUAUUGUUACUAAUGGAAAUGUCAGCAUCAUCGCAACCCUUUCGAUUGAGUAAUCUUGUGCAAGCAAAAUAAAGACAUUUUAAAAAAGGUU